AUGUCGGUGAACGAACCUUAUCAGCGCGUUAUGAGGGACUUGACAGAUCUUGAGCGGGAAGAUCCAAAUUUAGCCUUCCAAGGAGCGCGAAUUUUGGGUCUCUACCGACGUCUUUGCAGGUCAUGCGUGUCCAAGCACCUCGAUGGCGAGAGCCUCGAAAGGGACAACCAAACAUUGCGAGAGGCUAACAUGCAUCUGAACGACGAAAGAGAUGGACUUCAACUCCACCGUGACGAGCAGCAGUCUCGAUUGCUUCUCUUGGACCGAGAUUUGGAAUUGUCUCGACAGCGAUUGAUCAGCAUUCUUAACGACUGGAGCCAGUACUCUCGCGGGGAGCUGACUGGUCUGGCGGGUCUUGAGUAA